UUUGGAUCUACUACUCGCAAAGCGACGAUGGGGACGAAUCUGUCGCUUGAGCUUGUACCAGGGGUAGCGAAUGACGAUGCAGGGAGCCCUUUGCUUCUACUUCGUUUAAACUACCGAGUAUUAUAAGGGUUAAACACGAAUGUACGAAUCCACGAAUAGAAGAUCAAAUCUAGUGCUUCAGUCGACCAAGACGAGACAUGACAGCAAAGACAAGCAGGGCAAAAAUACCACCACUGUGCGUACUGGUAGCUGCUACCUAGUAAGAAAUCACACGCACGCGCAUGCAAGAUUCCAAGCCGUGUAGCAUGCAAGCAAGGGACAAGUAAAGAGACAAGAAGCAAUGCAAUGCUACCCUCCACCUGCUGCCCAGGGAGAAGAAGCAGGGCCGGGCUAACAACUGAGAAAACGCGGAGCCAGCUCCGUCACUGGAACUCUGACUAUUGGCCAGCCUCUUCGUCUUAGAGGGGCCCUCGCUGUUUUCUCUCUUAUUUUCGCCCGCCCUGCCCUGCUCGUUGUAUUUAAUUAAUUUAUUUUUUUUCUUGACAAGGAACAGGGGGUUUGAAAAUGAGAGGGGGGGGCCUUUGGCGUUACAU